UAACAGCACGUCAGCCCUGGCAUCAAUCUAGUCUGAGAGCGACUUUUAGAACUGGGACUACCGCUGUUGGACUCUUUUGGGAAAACUUGCUUUUGUUUCUUGCGAGCCUGAAACUGUUUUUUUUUUGUGGAAAUACAAGCUCUUCGCUCUCAAUCGCCUGAAAAGAUGCUGCUCCUUCUCCUGGGAAUCGUCCUCCUGCACGUCGCUGGUCUGGUCCUCCUGUUUGUGUCAACAAUUGUCAGCGUUUGGACGUCAGGUGAAACUGGCACCUCAGACCUCUGGACAAACUGCACUACUGCCAAUGGAGGAUACCACUGUGACCCGGCAACAACUGGAGAGUGGAUUCAGGCGGUCCAGGCCCUCAUGAUCCUAUCCAUCAUCUUCAGCUGCCUGGCUCUCUUCCUCUUCUUCUGCCAGCUCUUCACUCUGCAGAAGGGCGGACGCUUCUUCCUCACUGGAACCUUCCAGAUCCUUGCCAGUUUGUUCGUGAUGAGCGGAGCCAUCAUCUACAUGGUGAUGAGUCCGCAGUGGGUGCCGGGGACCGACGUCUUCGGCUACUCCUACAUCUUGGCGUGGGUGGCCUUCCCUCUGGCGCUGAUCAGCGGACUCAUCUAUGUCAUCUUGAGGAAGCGAGAAUGAGCCGUCACUCCAUCCAAUGUUCCCAGUAACCCAACUGCAAGCGUCAUCAGUCCCACUCUGAAGUAAAAAAAAAGUUUUGAUGCCCGAGUACCAAUGGCCCCUGGAGCCACCAGACCAACACAACCAGAUCACAGCAAGGGGGGGAGGGUGGUAAUACCAAAAAUCAACAAGCAAACCAACACAAAACAACCAAUACUGUCUCAGUUAAAAGAUGUAUAUAGUAUCUAUGGUUUAAAACCUAUUUAUAACACUUUUUACAUAUAUGUACAUAGUUGUUGAGUUGCUCUGUCAAUGGAUACAUGUAUGAGCUUUGUUUUAGCUGAUUAAGUGCCUCAAUGUUUGUUUGUAAUGAUGAAAUAAUUAGAUGCUAUUGUUGUUGCGUUUCCUUUUUUUGUUGCCUUUUUUUUGUUUUGGUAAUUGCCAAAGAAUUAUAAAAAAAAAAAAAAGAAGCAAAAAAGUUACUUCAAGUAUUUUAACCAAAGUGCAUGUAUAGAAAUAGAAGGGUUAGAAGAAGAGAUUUUGCGAUGGGCUUGCUUUACAAAACGAGUGGUAACAUCCCUGGAUGUAGCACAGCCAGGAUAUAUAGAUUUGGUCCUUUUCUAUUUUGUGAAGUUUCAAGUUUCAGUGUUUUUAUUUUCAGUAUUUUUCUAUUUCUUAUUUUCAACAAAAGAUGGUGCUAUGUAUUUAUCAUUCCUAUUACUGAUAGCAAUCAUUGACAACGGAGUUACCUUGUUCUUGUUUAGAGUCAAACGGCCAUUAAUUAAAGUGGGAAUCAGACAGAGGUACACCUGUACGUACAGUGCCUGACUGCCUCUUUAGGGAACACAGUCCAUUUCACAUUGCAGUGUCUGAUUUCUCUUCUCUUCAUCAGCUACUGUAAAAUGAGUAACUGAGUUUGGGGCGGUGCACUGAUGAAAUCCAAAUAGAAUGGCAGUAUUAUUCUGCGAGUUUGUGGAAGAGUUGGAUUACAGUGAAAUUACUUCAUAUCGGCUUUACUUUAACUCUAUGUUCCUUAAUCGUACCCUCAUUCUGAUGUUUGUGUUCACCUGGCUGUUAAAGUCUCAAGAAGCCAAAUUGCCUAUUUAGUAGAAUACCAUAAAGAAGAUAACACUGUGGGGCGUUAUAGCCUAAGAAAUAAAGUAUACAUGAUAUGACUACCAGAAAGAAAUGCCACUGAGUUGAAGCCAUAUAAGAUAAUAUCAGAUGAUAGGAAAAACGUAUGUAGUAUUAACUCUAUAUGUGAUGAAAAGGACAGAGAGGUUUGCAGUGAUGACACAAAUUGCCUGUUUCAAAUACUUGAAGUUUGACAUGCUGCCGUCUCUGCCCACUGACGUCUAUGAGUUCUUCUCUUAUUCUGUGUAAAACGCUGUUCGUGUGUUGCGCCAUAACAAGACGGUGAUGAGAAUCUAGCAUAAAACACUCACUUACUCAAUAAAACUUACUCUCACGUUAUCUAAUACUGUGUAUUCCACUGCUACAAGGGACUGGAUUCACGCUAACACUUGAUGCAUGCAGAAUUUCUAGCCAUUUUCUCGUCUGUCUUCCCGUAAACUCUGAAUCGCACAUCUCUGGGCUGCAAAAAGCAUCAUGUUGGGGGGGGACUGCCAGUAGAUGGGGAGAGAUAUUACAGUGAUAGCGAAUUCUGAACCAUCCUGAUUGCAUGUUCACAUGCUAUGAAAUGAAACAAAGAUGUCAGAGACUGAAACGCAGUAUGUAAAAUUCCUGUGUGCAGUCUGUUACAGUGUUGCCAUCGUACUCCGCAGUAGAUCAAAUAAGCUGCCUUGUGCAUGUGGUUGCAAAUGCUGUUAUGUGACUUGUGUUACACACACUGGGGGGGUUGGGGGGGGCGAAGGCACGGCGGUUGGCACCCCGACGGCAGUCAUUCAAAACAUGCAGCUAGUGUUUCAGUGUCAUCGGCGUCUCUCUCAGCAUCAGAAAUAGGAGGCCUUGGUGUCUUGAACACUGUAAGCAACGGUCUGUCCUCCUCUUGACAUCUCCUGUGACAUCCUCCCGAGACAGAGCUAUGCUGUGGUGGAAUUAAAGCAUUUAAUUCAGAGUUUACACGAGCUAGUCUGCUGUGGGUUUUUUGUCUUCCUUUUUGUCUUUCUUGUUAGCAUGAUGCUCAUUAUCGGGUUCAGUUAGAAGAGAUCGCCUCUAAUGACAGCUGCCCUUCUAUUUUGUGCAAAGCGACAAGAGUUCAAAUGUCUACGCCAUGUUUACACCUAAACUUCCAAAUGCUCUUGAUAUUACCAAAGCUACUUUGAGUUUAAAUCAUUAAAGGAUGUUUCUUACCACCA